UCCCUCCCCCUCCCGGGUCGGAGUGUCCCUGCGCCCCACGGGCCGGAGCAGCAGCUAGAGCAGCUUUCCCCGCUCCCUCCUCCUCGCCUCAUUCACCCCCCCUCCCCCGCCGAGCGAGGAGGAGCCGGAGGAGAGGAAGAUGGCGGCGGCCGCCAGCACCCGCGGGGCCGCGGGGCCGCUGCGAGGAGCCUGAGAGACCCACGGAGGCUUCGCGGGAAGACGCGGCGGCGGAGGAUGAGCCUGCAGAGCGCGCAGUAUCUCCGGCAGGCAGAAGUCUUGAAGGCUGACAUGACAGAUUCUAAGCUGGGUCCAGCUGAAGUCUGGACAUCCAGGCAAGCUCUGCAGGACCUGUACCAGAAAAUGCUAGUUACCGAUUUGGAAUAUGCUUUAGACAAGAAAGUAGAACAGGAUCUCUGGAAUCACGCCUUUAAGAAUCAGAUCACAACACUACAAGGCCAGGCAAAGAAUCGAGCAAACCCGAAUCGGAGUGAAGUUCAGGCAAACCUUUCUCUGUUCCUAGAGGCAGCUAGUGGCUUCUAUACUCAGUUAUUACAAGAACUGUGUACAGUGUUUAAUGUAGAUUUACCAUGCCGUGUGAAGUCUUCCCAAUUGGGAAUUAUCAGCAAUAAACAGACGCAUACCAGCGCCAUAGUGAAGCCACAGUCUAGCUCUUGUUCCUAUAUCUGCCAGCACUGCCUCGUCCACCUUGGAGACAUUGCUCGAUACAGAAACCAGACCAGCCAGGCAGAGUCCUACUAUAGGCAUGCAGCUCAGCUUGUCCCCUCCAAUGGUCAGCCUUACAAUCAGUUGGCUAUCUUAGCUUCUUCCAAAGGAGACCAUCUGACCACAAUUUUCUACUACUGCAGAAGCAUUGCUGUGAAGUUCCCUUUCCCAGCUGCCUCCACCAAUCUACAAAAAGCACUUUCUAAAGCACUGGAAAGCCGGGAUGAGGUGAAAACCAAGUGGGGUGUUUCUGACUUCAUCAAGGCCUUUAUUAAAUUCCACGGUCACGUGUACCUGAGUAAAAGCUUGGAAAAGUUGAGCCCUCUUCGAGAGAAGUUGGAAGAACAAUUUAAGAGGCUGCUAUUCCAAAAAGCUUUCAACUCUCAGCAGUUAGUUCAUGUCACUGUCAUUAACCUUUUUCAACUUCAUCACCUUCGUGACUUUAGCAAUGAAACAGAACAGCAUAGUUAUAGUCAAGAUGAACAGCUAUGUUGGACACAGUUGCUGGCCCUCUUUAUGUCUUUUCUUGGCAUCCUGUGCAAGUACCCUCUCCAGAACGAGUCUCAGGAGGAAUCCUACAAUGCCUAUCCUCUUCCUGCAGUCAAGGUCUCCAUGGACUGGCUGAGACUCAGACCCAGGGUCUUUCAGGAGACAGUGGUGGAUGAAAGACAGUACAUUUGGCCCUGGCUAAUUUCUCUUCUGAAUAGUUUCCAUCCACAUGAAGAAGAUCUCUCCAGUACUAAUGCUACACCACUUCCAGAGGAAUUUGAGUUACAAGGAUUCUUGGCUUUGAGACCUUCUUUCAGGAACUUGGAUUUUUCCAAAGGCCACCAGGGUAUUACAGGAGACAAAGAGGGUCAGCAGAGACGAAUACGACAGCAGCGCUUGAUUUCUAUAGGCAAAUGGAUUGCUGAUAAUCAGCCAAGGCUGAUUCAGUGUGAAAAUGAGGUAGGGAAAUUGUUGUUUAUCACAGAAAUCCCAGAGUUAAUACUGGAAGAUCCCAGUGAAGCCAAAGAGAACCUCAUACUGCAAGAAACGUCUGUGAUAGAGUCACUGGCUGCAGAUGGGAGCCCAGGACUGAAAUCAGUGCUGUCUACAGGCCGAAAUCUAAGCAACAACUGUGACCCAGGAGAGAAGCCAGUGGUUACCUUCAAAGAGAACAUUAAGCCACGAGAAGUGAACAGAGACCAAGGAAGAAGUUUUCCUCCCAAAGAGGUAAAAUCCCAGACAGAACUAAGAAAGACUCCAGUGUCUGAAGCCAGGAAAACACCUGUAACUCAGACCCCAAGUCAAGCAAACAACUCCCAGUUCAUCCCCAUUCAUCACCCUGGCGCCUUCCCUCCUCUUCCCAGCCGGCCAGGGUUCCCGCCCCCAACAUAUGUUAUCCCCCCUCCUGUGGCAUUCUCUGUGGGCUCAGGUUACACCUUCCCAGCUGGUGUUUCUGUCCCAGGAACCUUUCUUCAGCCUACAGCUCACUCUCCAGCAGGAAACCAGGUGCAAGCUGGGAAACAGUCCCACAUUCCUUACAGCCAGCAACGGCCCUCUGGACCAGGGCCAAUGAACCAGGGACCUCAACAAUCACAGCCACCUUCCCAACCCCUUACAUCUUUACCAGCUCAGCCAACAGCACAGUCCACAAGCCAGUUGCAGGUUCAAGCUCUAGCUCAGCAACAAUCCCCUACAAAAGCCGUGUCGGCUUUGGGGAAAAGCCCGCCUCACCACUCUGGAUUCCAGCAGUAUCAACAGGCAGAUGCCUCCAAACAGCUGUGGAAUCCCCCUCAGGUUCAAGGCCCUUUAGGGAAAAUUAUGCCUGUGAAACAGCCCUACUACCUUCAGACCCAAGACCCCAUAAAACUGUUUGAGCCGUCAUUGCAACCUCCUGUAAUGCAGCAGCAGCCUUUAGAGAAAAAAAUGAAGCCUUUUCCGAUGGAGCCAUAUAACCAUAAUCCCUCAGAAGUCAAGGUCCCAGAAUUCUACUGGGAUUCUUCCUACAGCAUGGCUGAUAACAGAGCUGUAAUGGCACAGCAAGCAAAUAUUGACCGCAGGGGCAAACGGUCACCAGGAGUCUUCCGUCCAGAGCAGGAGCCUAUGCCCAGGAUGCCAUUUGAGGACCCCAAGAGCUCCCCUCUGCUUCCUCCGGACCUGUUAAAGAGUCUGGCUGCCUUGGAGGAAGAGGAAGAGCUGAUUUUUUCUAACCCUCCUGAUCUUUACCCAGCUCUGCUGGGGCCUCUCGCCUCUCUUCCUGGACGAAGCCUCUUUAAAUCCUUAUUGGAGAAGCCCUCAGAGCUCAUGUCCCAUUCAUCCUCUUUCCUGUCCCUCACCGGAUUCUCUCUCAAUCAGGAAAGAUACCCAAAUAACAGCAUGUUCAAUGAGGUGUAUGGGAAAAACCUGACAACCAGCUCCAAAGCAGAACUCAGUCCCUCACUGGCGCCCCAAGAAACAUCUCUGUAUUCCCUUUUUGAAGGGACUCCCUGGUCUCCAUCACUUCCUGCCAGUUCAGAUCAUUCAACACCAGCCAGCCAGUCUCCUCAUUCCUCUAACCCAAGCAGCCUGCCCAGCUCUCCUCCAACACACAACCAUAAUUCUGUUUCAUUCUCAAAUUUUGGACCCAUUGGGACUCCAGAUAACAGGGAUAGGAGGAUUGCAGAUCGGUGGAAAACUGAUAAGCCAGCCAUGGGUGGGUUUGGCAUUGAUUAUCUCUCAGCAACAACAUCCUCAGAGAGCAGUUGGCAUCAGGCCAGCACUCCAAGUGGCACCUGGACAGGCCAUGGCCCCUCCAUGGAGGAUUCCUCUGCUGUCCUCAUGGAAAGCCUAAAGUCUAUCUGGUCCAGUUCCAUGAUGCGUCCUGGACCUUCCGCUCUGGAGCAGCUAUUAAUGCAGCAGAAGCAGAAACAGCAGCGGGGACAAGGCACCAUGAACCCUCCACACUGAGGCCAAAAUGGCAACCCUGGGAAUGAAGGCUCCAUAAACCAUGGCAUGUUGGGUUUGCAGGACUGGCCCACACAGUCCCCUGCAGGUGGCAGCCCUCUUUUCUGUUUCUUGCUGUCAAGAGGGUGUAAGUGUUCCACCAGCCCGCUGAGUGUGCACGAAAUGUUCGCAGUGCAACAAAAAGAAAAAUCCAUCAGGAACUCUCCGUUCCCCCCAGGGCCUUCGGAGGGAGAGAGAGAGAGGAACUGCUGUUUAUCUCACUCAGUUACUUGAUAUCACCACCUCUCACCUUCUCCAUCGUGCAUGUCCCCAGUCACAUGGGAAGUGAAAGCUGAGAAGGGAAGGCAGAUGGGAGAAGCCAAUGGGAACUUCUCAGUCCUUUUUUCCUCUUUGGGGAAUAAAAUAGGAAUCCAUUAAUGAUUGCUUUGCUGACUGAGAAUGUAGUUGAAAUUAUUCCUAAACAUCUUUUAUUAUUGUUAUUACUCUCAGUAGUAAAAUAUCACACUGAAUUCUUCCAUACACAGGUGUGCUUCUAGUCAGUGUGUAGCAAGGAAAGCCCUGUUCACUGCUCCUGCAAGAGAGGCUGAUGGUGACAGGAUAGGGAAUCGACCUCCUCAGCCAGAGGCAUAAGGGAGAGUUCAAGGCCUCACAGAAGGUUCUGGUAGGCCCUCCUCUGGCCUGGAGACUCCAGCAGGAAAUGUCCUUCACUCUGUAGGUGCUCGAGCCCUAAUCAAGGAUGCAGUGUGGGUGGUGGUGCUGGGCUGGACUAGCAGGUGACUGCUGUAGGAUUUCAAAUUACGUUUUUGAUUCCUGUACAUUUUACAGUAGCAUAGCAAGCAGUCUCACAGAAGGCAGGCUGGUCCAUUCAUGGCCUGACGUGUUAUAGUGGGUAGAAGCUUUCAGUGUGGUUAUUUUUGUUUGGUUGGUUUUUGUGCCCCCUUCUACUUACCACCCACCUGCUUUGUCUCCAUCCCUUUAUUACCCUAUGCUGUAUGCUAGUAACUUGUUUUUAUUCCUAAUGUGUGCAACAUCUCACCAAGAAGCAACAGCAUGGGGCCCAGCAGUUGGGGCCCCAAAGACAGUCUGAAGAGGAAGGAAGCAGCAGCGUCUGCACAGCCCACCGAGGGGCCAGGCCUUGCCCAGCUGCAGUCUCCCAGCUCCACUUUCAGAGUGCAACUCAAGGCAACACGGACACGUGCACAGCAUGCGCAGAAGAAAACAGAACCAAGUCCAUUUUGGAAAAGGCAAAAGAAAGGAAAAGAAACUUUUUAUUUGAUAUUUAUUAGGAGGAAAGAGGACUGAAAAUGUUCUUGUCUAGAAACAGAAGGACAGUCAUUUCCUGGAAAAGUAAUGUUUUAAGGGGAAAUUAUGGAAACAAUCUCAAUGUCCAAUUGCCGUGCUAGUGGUAGGGUUUAUUUUCUGGGAGAGACCUCCUUUGUAUGUCUGAGCGUGUUUGUGUGCACACACAUGCCCAUCUGCUCUCCCAGAGGGGAGGGGUUGUGUGUCUGAGUGUGUGGAGUUAGUGUGGAACUUAAGAGCUGGAAAACAGCUGCAGAGCAAAGCACAUCCAGGAGCCCCAGUUGCCCCUGGAGUUUGGACAACCCCAGCAGUUUAAAGGGGUGAGAUAAUGCUCAUUGCUCUUCAGAGAGAGUGGUUGGAGCCCCCGUAUGCUUACAUUAUUGCUCUUUUAGUUUGACAUGGUGUUUGGGUUUUUGUUUUUGUUCUAUUUUUUUGAGGUCUGAAAGGGUGAAGCCCCCAACCCAGUGGCAAUAUGAAACCCUUUGUGCUUCUCUCCUGCCCCUUCCCAGUGUCCACCUUUCUCCUCUUCCACCCCUCCCAGGCCUCUUUCCCUACUGCCUUUACCCAGUUUGUGUGUUUGAGCUCUGCAUUCAGGCAGCUGCAACAUUCCAGUGUUUGAACUGUCACUGAUUCUUGCACCCUAGACAAGCUAACCAGUUUUACCAUCUCACUCCCAGUAGUACCCAGUUCCCAUGUGAAGCCCCAUUCUGCAUGAGAAUUUGGUGUUGAGAAUGUUUUCUGACCUUUGGGGCGGGGUUCCUCGCCUUAUCAUCCUCACUGUGGAGUAAUGAGGAUGGGGAGGAGAAUCAUCACCAGAAGCUGGUUUUGUGUAGCAAACUUUCUUUUGUGGUUUUUUGUUUUGUUUUGUUUUGUUUUCUGGGGUUUUUUUUUGUUUUUGUUGGGGUUUUUUUUUUUUUUUUUUUUUUUUUUUGUCUGUCUGUGCAAGACCUGCAGCUGCUGAAAUCAGCUUUGCCUUUAAUUAAACCAUGUUCUCUCCAACCA